AUGGAAAUGCUGAAAGUGAGAUACUUAAAGGAAUUCUGUUAUCGGUUUGGGAAAUGCCAAAAGGAUCUUGCAAGUAUCAUUGAAGAAAACGAAGUAAAGAUUUGCCAUUGUUACGCAGAGGCCUCUAAACUCAACAGUGAAGAUUUUGUGAAAAUGGUUCUAUUGGAUGCCACCUUUAUCAUUGAGCAUUUCUUGAGAGCUGUUGCUGGAGGAGAAUAUGAAAACGAUUGCAUAUCAAGUCUGAAGAAAACAAUAAUAUUUCCUUUCUUAUGCUUGCUUGCAAAAAAUUCUCCCCAUGAAAAGGAAAUACCAACUGAGAAGGAAGCAAAACAUUUCACCGAUUUGAUCAGAUAUUUCUACUGUCAAUUUAACCUCCAACCCGGAGAAAAUAUUUCUAAUCUACAUAGUGCAACAAAGCUGAACGAGGCAGGAGUGGCAUUCCAAAUGGCUGAACAUGGAAGGUUACUUGACAAAAAAUUCCAGAAGUCUAGGAGCUUGGAAAAAUAUCCCUACUUCAAUUGCUCGUGGUUCUUAAAUUGCUUAUCAUGUUUGAAAUGCUUUUUGUGCUUUGAACGUAUGCAACCGGUCCCAUUCUUUGUAGUAGAUGAAGGAACUGAUGGCCUUUUCCGAAACCUCAUGGCAUUGGAGCAAUUUCAUUAUCCAUCUGAAUCUUACAUAUGCAACUAUAUUGUGCUAUUGGAUUAUCUAGUCAAUUCUGCAGAAGUUGUGGAAUUACUUGUUGAAAAAAAGAUUAUUGUUAUUUGUUAA